UAAAAGUAAUAUUUCAAGAAAAACAAAAAGCUGUGUAUGUAAACAGAGAUUUUCUAAAGGGAGAAAAUCUCUCAUUGUAAUGCAGUAUAUGCAAUGGAACAAUUCACAGACGCUCAUUACUUCCAUCUGCCGUCUCAGGGAAACGUCUUUACGUUGACCGACUUAAAUUUGGCCAAUGGGUCUAAAAAACUACUUGUUGCUUCACUUAAACGUGAAAUAUUUUGUUUUGAAUACACUGAGUCAUCUAGUGGUUAUCUAAAGCCCACCAUCAAAGAAGUUUCUUUCACCUACAUUCCCAGUGGAGCUGAAAUAAUUUCAAUUGAUGCUUUCAAUAAAUCAACAUACAAAAAUGAAUUUGUUAUUGGAAUAACCAUUAUUAAGAAUUCCAAUGAGACAGAUCAACUGGAAACAUUCCUGAAUAUUUAUUCAGAGUGGGAGGAAAAUGAUGACUUUAAUAUAGAAAAUAUUGCACAAAAUUGUUUGAAUGUUUCUUUAGGCUUUAUUCCAUAUAAAUUGUUGCACACAUAUCUCAUUACAUGGAAAGACAAUGAAAUCAUAAGCAAAGAGUUUGUUUUCGUGUUGCCUGGUAGUGACCAUCAGGUACAUGUUUACAAGGAAAAUUCAGCAGAUCAUGAGUAUAAGGAAAUAGACAGAGAUCUGUUUCCAGAAUUUGUAAAAACACCAAGUCCUGUAAUUUAUGUUGAUAUUUGGUACACUGAAGAUUUUAGAGAGAGAAUAACUACAUUUUCAUGUGAAUGUGGCUAUGUAAAACUAACGAGAAUUUGCACCAUUACUAAUAAAUUAAUAUAUAAUUUUUCCACAAAAUUUAACGAUUUCAUUUCGUGUGUGUCGAUUUAUUCUGAUCAAAAUAAUUUAAAUAAGUUCUCUAAGGUUAAUAAUGAAAUGGAAUCUUCCAAAACUGAUGAAAAGCCUGUGUUGAAUUUAUUAGUAACGAACACAAUCUUGCCAGCUGUGAUUUUUAGAAAUGUCCUAAAAUAUGGACUGAGCGAUUAUCUAACUUUACCACGGCACGAUCGUACGAGUAUAUUGACCAGUUGUGAGAUAGCAGACAUUAAUUUUGACGGUCAAAAAGAAAUUCUCAUUGGAAGUAGCAGUCAGGAAAUACUUUUAUAUAAAUAUAUAGAAAAUAAGGGAUGGAAAUUAGACGAAUUAAGAAAGUUUGCUAGUCCAAUUCUGGGAGUAAAAUACGUAGAUAUAACUGGCGAUGGAGUUAAGGAACUUAUUGUGUUUUCAAUGAAAGGAAUUCAUAUUUUACAGCAUAAUUUGCCAUUUGUGCAAAAAGCGCUGGAGCAUAAAAUUUAUGGGUUGUCAUUGUCAUAAUUACCUUGAAACGUUUUAUGCUGUUCUAAAUAAAUAUGUGGUAACUGAUAA